UGUUUUCAUUUUAUACAACAAGACUCACCUCUGUGACACGAGGAUGUAAAAAUAUCCAACAAAUUAUGGGAGGGACACAUGAAAUCGCUCUGAUGUACAGUACUCAUUGUGGCACUUUACUCUCGAUUAACAGCACAACAGAAAGAGACUACAGACCUAACACAACGACUCUUUACUGAUCAUAUCUCCAGCCUCAACUGAAAUUGGAUGUGACCUUCUUCAGGAUGUACGGGGCAUCACAUCUGUCAUGGUAUAAGGAAGAAGCUUCUAAUUAUGAGCUAUCCAUACGGAUUGUACAAGCCAAAAAUAUUCACGGAACAGAUGUUGCCACCAAACCGGAUUGCUAUGUGUGUCUGUGGAUUCCCACUACUUUGCAGGAAAAGAAACGAACCAAAACCAUUUGGAACUCAAAAAAUCCUGUGUGGGACGAGACCUUUCACUUCCGAAUUCAUAAUCAGAUCAAGAAUGUCUUGGAGCUGUCAGUACAUGACGAAGAUGUUGGCACCAAAGAUGACCAUCUCUAUACCGUGAGCUACGAUUUGGCCAAUGUCACUCUUAACAAUCCAAUUCUGAAAACAUUUCCUCUAAAUACAGAGCAUAAUGAAGAGCUCCAGGUAGAAUUGGACCUGGUGGAUAUCCCAGAACCAAAGAAAAUGGUCACAACUAACGGCGUUUUAGUGUGUCCUGAAAUGACUUCUCUGGAAAUUCAAGUGGAAAAACAGGAAACAAAUAAAUUCAAAAAAAAAAACGAGCUGGCGUUGGCGGUCAGAGGCUCAUAUGAAGAAACUCACAAGAUAAUAUUUACUCCACAUGACACAAAUGGAUCCGAUUCGAAAGAGACAUUUGCUUUCCAUUACCCAAGAGACUGGGGGACAGAACUCACUGCUAGUCUGAAUAGAGUGUACCCAUCUUUGGAUGUCACAUUUACUAACGAUGCAGAAAAUGAUUUCAACCUGACCACAGUACCUCUUACGUUACUUUCUCCGGAUAGCGAAACUAAGGUCCAGUUGACAGGAACAGAGGCCAUGCCUCUGGAAAUACAACUGAAGUUGAAAGAAUGUCCCGAGAAACUUGAUGUGCGGCUGGGCUUCGAUCUCUGUGAUCAGGAGAAAGAGUUUUUGAACAAGAGACAAAAGGUUGUGGCUGCAGGACUAAAAAAUGUUCUCCAACUAAAAGAGGAUUUGGUGGGAGAAGAGGUUCCUGUCGUAGCUGUCAUGGCCACUGGAGGUGGUGCGCGAGCUAUGUCUUCUCUGUACAGCCAUCUGUGCGGCCUUCAGAAGAUGGGGCUUUUAGAUUGUAUCACCUACAUUGCAGGGGCCUCUGGCUCUACAUGGACAAUGAGCAAACUUUACGAAGAUCCUAACUGGUCACAGAGUGAGCUUUCUGAAUCUGUAAACAAUGCAAAGAAACAUGUCACCAAAAAGAAAUUAAGCACCUUCUCCAUGGAUCGACUGAAAUAUUAUCGCAAGGAACUCCAGAACACGUCUAAGGAGGGCCUUAAACCUUCCUUUACAGACCUUUGGGGGCUGAUGAUCGAGUCCAUGUUCAAUAAUGGGAAAAAUGAAAGCAAGCUUUCGGACCAAAAAGCAGCCCUAGAAAGUGGACAGAACCCUCUACCCAUUUACCUUGCCAUGAAUGUUAAACGCGGACACAUUAGCACGCUGGAUUUUAAAGAAUGGUGUGAGUUCACCCCAUAUGAAGUAGGACUCCUGAAAUAUGGCGCAUUCAUUAAAACGGAGGACUUUGGCAGUGAGUUCUACAUGGGCCGUCUGAUGAAGAGGAAUCCAGAGCCCCGUAUAUGUUACCUGCAAGGUUUAUGGGGUAAUGUUUUCUCUCUAAACCUGGUGGACACUUGGUAUCUCACCACUCAGCUGGACACCUUCUGGGAUCACUGGCUGAAAGACAGAAUUAUGGACAUUGAUAAAGAAGACAUACAGCGCAGGAGAGAAUCAGCGCACAUAAAAACCCAGCUCUAUACUCCGUCUGGUACCUUCUCCAAGAUUCUGACCGGAGUAUUAACCAGCAGACCCAUAGAUGGAGAACAUCAGAACUUCCUCCGAGGGUUUCACUUACACAAGGAUUACCUCCAGCAUUCUCAGUUCUGCAGGUGGAAAGACACUAAUCUAGACACGUUCCCCAACCAGCUAACCCCACUCGCUGACAAUCUGUGCCUUGUGGAUGCUGGAUACUUCAUUAAUGCCAGCUUCCCUCCUUUACUGAAACAAGAAAGGAAGGUGGACAUUAUCUUAUCGUUUGAUUAUACAUUGGAUACACCUCUCCAGUCUGUCGAGCAGACCUGCACGUACUGUACCACACAGGGCAUUUGUUUCCCUAAGGUUUCCUUGAGCGAAGAGGAGAAGAAAACGCAUAAAGAAUGCUACGUUUUCGUUGAUGAAGAAAAUCUCGAUGCUCCCUUAGUCCUACAUUUCCCUCUGGUCAAUGACACCUUCAGAAAGUAUAAAGAGCCGGGUGUCUUGCGGACUCCGGAAGAGGAAUCAGAAGGGGACGUAGAUGUCACAAGUUUUUUGUCACCGUAUUUUCUGACAAAUUUUACUUACAGUGAGAGGGACUUUGACCAGCUGAUGAAAAUGACCCAAUAUAAUCUCCAAAACAACAAAAGCUUAAUCUUGGAUGCCUUGAAAUCUGCCGUGGAGAGAAGGAAAACCAAGAAUCUAUUAAAUGGAAAACAUCAGACACAAUGUCACAGAUAAUCAUUUUCCAAUUAACAAAAUUAGCAAAAGCAGGGGGAAAGACAGUGUUUUGGAACUGCAAGUGCGUCUUGAGAAUUUCUGCCGAAGGCAUCUCCUCUUAAAUAAACCAUGACCACAUCGGAAGGAUGGACCCAGCAGAACUCUCGUAUCUCCUGUAAUCUGGAUUGCAUUUCCCUUGAUGCUUAGAUAGCUGAGCGACUGGCUAAGUAUCUUGGGAAACACAUUGUUGUUUUGCACAAAUGACAAUAUUUACCUUCACAGGUUAAUCACGCCUCUAGUGUUGUAGAUAAUAGAUUGCAUUUUUUAUACAUAUGUUUAUUUAUUUUACUGUUAUCAGUUCCAUUAGUUAAAAUAUUUUUGGUCAUUGCUUACUAAACAAAUACCAAGUUAUUGGAAAAUAAUUUUAAAACAUAAUGUAUGUGUGUUUCAAAUAUAUUUGUUAGUUAUUAUAGUUGAUUCAAUGUAAUGUUUGUAUGGGGGUAACAUUCCAAUCAGACUGACCACAGUAACCUAAAUGAAUGCAGAUUGAGCUUCAGUAACAACUGCUCUGCUACAGGCGGUAUUAUAGACUAGGAUGAGAUUUCACUGUACGAUAUGACAAUAUGGCCCUUUUUAUAUAAUGUCCUAUUAAAUCAUGCUGCUUUAUCUAAAUGUUGGAAAUCCCUUUAAGUUAAGUGUUAUUAAAUCAUUUUUUGG